UGGCUGGCGCUGGCCGUCAUCACGCUGCAGACGACGGCGCUGGUGCUGGUGCUGCGCUACUCGCGCGCCAGCACGCCCGGCCCGCCGUACCUAGCCAGCACGGCCGUCCUGCUCACUGAGCUCUGCAAGCUGGUCGCCAUCGUGGUCACCAUCUGGCUGGAGAACGGCCGCUCGAUCGGCCGGCUGGCGUCUGUGAUCGGCAGCGAGGUGCUUGGCAAGCCGCGGGAGACACUUCGUCUAUCUGUGCCCAGCUUUCUCUACACCAUCCAGAACAACCUGCAGUUCGUGGCGCUCACAAAUCUGGACGCGGCCACCUUCCAGGUGUCGUACCAGCUGAAGAUCCUCAUGACGGCGCUGAUGUCUUCGCUGAUGCUGAAAAAGCGGGUGCGGCCGCACCAGUGGCUGGCAUUGGUCGUGCUGGUGACCGGUGUCUGUCUGGUUCAGGCGCCGCGGGCCGACCCGGCCGCCUCCCCGGAGAGGGGCAGUAGCCUGCUGGGCCUGUCGGCCGUGCUGGCCGCCUGCGUCUCCAGCGGAUACUCCGGCGUGUACUUCGAGCGCGUCGUCAAGUACGGGCCGCCGCAGUCCCUCUCCAUACGCAACCUGCAGCUCUCCGUGUUCUCGCUGCCGUUCGGUGCGGCGGCCGUGCUUUUCAACGACGGCGCGGCCGUGGCUGAGCACGGCCUGCUGCACGGCUACACCCGCUACACCUGGCUCGUCAUCGUCCUGCAGGCGUUCGGUGGACUGGUCGUCUCGCUGACCAUGAAGUACGCCGACAACAUCCUGAAGGGAUUCGCCACGUCCAUCUCGAUCCUGCUGUCGGCGCUCGUCUCCUGGGCGCUGCUUGGCGACGUCCAGCCCAGCUGGUCGCUGGCGUGCGGCGCCGGCCUGGUCGUCUGCGCCACGUUCGCCUACGGCUACAGCCCGCGUCCGGCGGGCCUCGCCAGUCAGGACCCGCGGGAGCUGCUCCAGGUGUAA